GCCCGGAAGAAUGGCUCCAAGGAACCAGGCUGAAGUGACAGGAAAUCUCGCUAAUCCCUUUUGGACUCAGGGAGCUGUGUCUGGAACUGGGUGAGGAAUUCCCCGCUGUGUGUUCGGGGACCUGAAAACUCCCGGAGCCGCAGUCGCCGCGGGGCGGCCUGGGAAAACCAGCAGUCAGCAGCACAGUGGGGGAACCGCAGCCCGGGGCCCUGGAACCUCACAGGAUUUGCUGACAUUUAGUGCUGUGACUGUGAACUUCUUGUAGGUGUGGGAAUGCCUAGAUCCUACUCACGGGGCUUUUAGCUGAGAUCUCCUGUUGAAGAACUGCAGCAGCUGGGAUUCUGAGGAUGUUAGCAUCUUUACUUUUUGCUCCUUAAAAAGCUCCAAGUGCUUUCUGAAGACUCUUUCUCCUGUGCAGUCUCACAUUGCUCAGCUGGACCUGCUCACCUGGGAAUCAGAACAAAGAGCCCUGGAUGGUGAAGAGAGGGGAGACAAUAGCAAAGGAUUCAGAUUUGUCUUUUCCUGUUACCUAUCAUAAUCAUGACCAACCCUAUUCACAGGUCUUAGAGUACAUCAGAAAAUUCCUGGAGGAGGGAGUCCUAAUGGAUGUUUGCAAUGUAGGUCUGUUAUCCUUCAGAGAUGUGGCUGUGGACCUCUCUCAGGAAGAAUGGGAAUGUCUAGACUGUGCUCAGAAGGCAUUGUACAUGGAUGUGAUGUUAGAGAAUUACAACAAUCUACUCUUUGUGGGAGGAUGGCCAAUGCACUGGCCAAUGCACAGACCCUGCUCAAUGAAUGUUACAGAAUUGCAGCUGUUUUCUGUAUGUGAGGAUACUUUUCUUGUAUUCUACAUUGCUUCUUCUCAGAAUUCUUGGGAAUACGGCUCUGAAAGCUUUUGAGCUUUGUGUGACUGAGUCCUACUUCUCACAGAGUAAAAUGAAAUCCUUGGAAGAAAAGAGUGCUCCAUAUAAUGUCUGUUCAUGUUUGCUGUUUUGGGAAGUAUAAGGCUUCUUUCAUUUUUGUUCUAUUUUAAAGUAAGAAUCUCAGGAUUGUAAAAUAUUGUCAUCCCAUUCAUCCAGUUCCAUUUCCACUCUCUUUUAGUACUUCUAUUAUUGUUUUAUCAAAUUAAAAAAACCCAAGAGUUGAAUAUUAGGGAAUAAACCUGAGAGUUCCAUGGACUGAUGAAGAGAUGAUCAACUGACCUUCUCUUUUCACUUCCCAGCUUCAAAAGGGCCUGUGUAUCUCCCCUGUGUCUCCUAUUACUCCUGUGUGCCCCUCGAUAUCCUCUGAGUCAGCCAUAAAACUGUGUGGUCCACUUCUGCCAGCUGAUGUGAACCUCACCUUCCAAAGCAAAGUACUACUCCAUUUGUGGUCUUAGAGCAACAACACAAACAAAGCUACCAAAACAUUUCCCAUUUUUACCUAAAUAAAAGGAAAGGUUUUAACUAUAACGCAUUACAAUUAUAUACAAUAAGAACAAUUCUCUGCUAAGUACUAUCAGUAUAGAAUGUAGGGUCUCUAGAUAUUGGUGUUCCCCAUACAAUGUGAAGAAAGAUCCAGUUAAUUCUUUUAAUGAAAUGAAUUCUCUUGCUUUGGGGAUAUUUGUUGUUAAGCUCUCCCAAAAGAUUACUGCUGCCUCUUGGCUAAAGUUCACUUUCUGCCCACAACUUCCUAAUUUCAUCAUUGGUGAAAGGUACUACAAUUUCUGCAGAAUCUGUUCAUGCUAAUUGUCAAAGUCACAAUUUUCCUUUUAUGAUCAGCUCAGAGAGCCUUUACACAUCAAUUUUUUACUCUGUUUACAUGGUAAAAAGAUCCAUUCUUAACUCUGUAUUAAUAUUGCUGUAGGGGAGUGCUUAUAGAGUAAAAUAACCAAAAUAUUUGCCUUAUGUUUUCUCCUAAUUUUUUUUUGCUCCUCUCUCUUCUCUAUAGCUUUCCUGUCAUCCAGAGAAAUAGGCUUCUUAUUAGAGGUAUCAGGUUCUUGAAGAAAGUUACUCCACAGUUAUAGAAAAUGACUAAACUGAAUUUGGCCUGGGGAUGUUUUGAGGCCCUUCAAGGAGUUUCCCAAUAGCAAGGAAUUUUCUUGACUGUUCCUUGUAGACUUAACAGUCAUUGAUCCUAUGCCUCCCUUUGCCACACCUUCUGCAUAGUUCAAAAGGGAGAGACAUUCUGUUUGAAUUGUGCUUAAGAAAACAUUGUUUUGUGAUUGCCUUGAUUACAAUUUCUUAUUAGGUGACCAUGCUUGCCACAGCUGAAACACUUGACAUUUCAUUUUUUUCUUCAAACCUUUGGAUAGGAUGCUCUCCUAUCCAAGCAUCAUCAUGGUCAUAAGAUUCAAUAUUGAUUGUAUUUUGGGUCCAUUUCUCCAAAGGUACUGAUCCUGCCUUUAAUUAAAAAAUGACUACUUACUGUUUGGGUCACAAGCUCAAGAUUUUAAAUUUCUUUUAAUUGUCUACACACUUUUAACCCAAAUCUAUGUUUUUGCUACGAGUUAAAGGUAUGAGUCUAUUUUUGCUGUUUUUAUCUGUUCUUUGCUUUUUCUAUAAUAUGGAUUUUAAUAUGGGCCUAAAAGUUUCAAAUGUAUUAAACUUCUGUUCCUAGUUUGAAUUUGUCUCGACAGGUUUCCCCUUGGUUGGCAGAUAAAACCAAGCAUUAAUUGUUGACUACGAUCUGCUCCAAAUGACUGUGGGCCCUGGACUUGCUGAAAACUGAUAUGGACCAGUCUAGCCGAUGUGAAUGCUCCCUGGCUCCCUGAUAUUGAGGGAGUCGAGAGGGUUAUUUAUGAUGCAUGGUCCAAACGUUAACAGUAGCAGGACUGUAGCCUAGUUAUCAACAUUGUUAGCCAGAGGGAGGAUGAAAACCAGGACUCAAACCAUCCUUGGGAAGGGUCUAACUUUUCUUUCAGUUUGGCCAAUUUUUCCCUAGCUUUGGUCAAACUGUCUCUUAUAAUUUCUGAAUAGUUAAUGUAAAAACAGAAUUUCUCUCCUAAAACUGCAGAGUCUUCCUAUGUAAGGGAGUUCCGUUUUGACUUAGAAUCUCAACCAGGAUUACAGGAUAAUGUAUUCUUUUAAUUACUUCUAGCUGACUUGGGUCAACAUUGUCAAUAGGAAAGAAAGGUGAUAUGCAAAAACAAAGAGAAAACUUAGGCAAUGGGGUAUUUAUCAGCAGCAUUUGGUUUGUGGACUCUGUUGCAGAGUCAGGGAGCAUUCACAUUGGCUAGACUGGUCCACAUCAGUUUUCAGCAUGUCCAGGGCUCACAGUCAUUUGGAGCAGGUUGUAGUGAGCAAUUAAUGUGGAAGUUCCUGUCCCUUCAGCCUUGUUUCUUUGAGAGGCUCCGCCUGGUCCUGCUCAAUACACUUUCCUACUGGUACCUUGUUUCCUCUAAACCCACCUUCUGCAGGCUGUUUUUCCUAUUUAAUUUUCUAAGUCUAACUCGCUGUUUCUUUUUCCCUAAACUCCUCUGACUGCAAGUUUUCCCUGUCCCUAUCACUACA